UCGAAGAAAAAUUCAAAGAAAAAUUAUAAAAAAUCGAAUUUGAAAAUUUAUAAUUCGGAAACAUAAAAAAAUAUUAUUUAUUUAUUUAUUUAAAUAAUUAUUUAUUAUAUAUAUAAAGAAAUAGAAUAAGAAUCUUUUGCCACUUAUGAACAAUGUAUUUUUGAAAAUGUCCCUUUAGUGGUAGAAAUGAAUAAUGGUACCAUGAAAGUGGUAAACAUGAAAUUUCCUCCAAAAAAUUAGUUUAAAUAUUUAUUUUUAUUUUUAUUUUUAUACAAAUUUCAAAUUAUUAAAUUAGACAUAUUUUAAAUUAAUUUUAUAAAUUGUAUAACUUCAGUAUUCAUAUUUUUCAUCAAUGUAUUGAUUAAAUAUUUUGUUUCAUAUUUUUAUUUAUAGGAUGUAUAUUUUGGAUAAAAAAACAUUUUUGUUGUAAUAAUCAAAUUAGAAAGUUUGUAUUUGUAAUUAAACACUUAUUAUACUUGUUGCGUGAAAAUAACUCCAAUGAUAUUGUAAUCAUUAUAAACAAUCACAAUUCAUAAAACAUAAACAAAAUAGCAAAACCGAAUAAACAUAAUAUAUUAUCAAUAAUUAGAUUUUUAAAACCAUGAAAAACAAUAAAUCACAAAUAUUUUUUUUGUGUCAAUUUUAACCCUCAACUCUAAACCCUAAAUGUAUAUUAGUUAAUCCUAGGAUUAUAAAUGUCAUUUCUCCUCUUUAAAAAUGAGGGUAAAUAUGGUUAAGUUAAAAUGAAAAGUGGUGUUUUGAAUGUGGUAUUUUUGGCAAUUUUUCUAGAUUGUACUUAUAUUAGGUUUAAAUCAUAAUAUAAACUAUUAUAAUCAUAAUCAUAACAAUACCUUUAUUCUCUUAUAUACUAUUUUGGUUCAAAUUUAUUUAUUUUUAUAAUAUUUAUGAUUUUAUGGAUUAAAAAUAAUUUGAAGUUUGUCAUGUGUAAAUAUAAAUCGUUUCCGGCAGGUUGGAAUAUAUAAUAUAUUUUCUUUAAAAAAUGUGUAAAUAUAAAAUAAUUUAUUUUAGUUAGGAAUAUAAUUAUUAAUAUUCAAAAUUUAUAAAAUAUUUAGCAUAAAUAUAGAAUUAAUAUUUAUGAUAUAAUUUGUUGCCCAAAAAAGAGAUAUAUAUUUCAAUGAUGCUUUAAUAUUAAAUUUAAUAUUGUAAUAAUCUGUAUUUAGGUUAAUAUUUCCAGUAAGAGUCAGAGAACCCGACUAUAAUAUUAGUCAUUAAAAUCAUAAACUAAAUAUAAGAUAAACCUAAAUAUAAUUUAUUAUUGUAAUAUCUGUAUUUGGAUCAAUUUUUUAAUAAGAUUUCGAAAACAUGGCUACAAAAUCAUGCAUUAAAUCAUAAUAUAAAAAUAUGAUAAACUUAAUUAUGUUAUUUAUAAGUAGACUUUGUUAAUAUCUAUUUUAAUAUAUAUAUAUUGAUUAAUAACUACAAAUCUCAUGAUAAUAAGAAUAAUAAAAUAUGGCUAUAUAUAAUAUUAGCCAAUAAAAUUAUAAACAAAAUCAUCAAAAUCACUUUUUAAAUAAUGAUAUAUAUAGAUAGAUCUUCGGGUCCUCAUGAGUUAAAAAGUUAACCAUCCAUACUCACAGAAUCACUAUAUAUGCUUCCUUCUCUUAGACUAUUAACAACCCAAAACAAAACAAAUACCAGUAAGAAUUUUGAGCAGUCAUGGAACCACCUAACAAUGCUGUGCCGGCGGAAACUGACGGUGGAGCUACUACCGACCUUCAGCCGCAUCCGCCACCUGAGAAUAUUUAUAUGAAUCUCAGCCAUGACGGAAGGUAUAUAAAACACAACUUUUCUGGCAAUAUCUUCGAAGUCACGGCAAAGUAUAAGCCAUUGAUCAGGCUUCUUGGUAGAGGUGGUGGUGGCAUCGUUUGUUCCGGUAUAAACUCGGAGACCAAUGAGAAGGUAGCAAUAAAGAAAAUUGCAUGUAGAGACCAAAUCACUGCAAAGAGAACUCUCCGUGAAAUCAAGCUUCUUCGUCACUUAGAGCAUGAAAACAUUGUAGGAAUCAAAGACAUAGUAUUGCCUCCUCAGAGAGAUGCUUUUGAAGAUGUUUACAUUGCUUAUGAAUUGAUGGACACUGACCUUGAGAAACUCAUAAAGUCCAAUCAAGAACUAACCAAAUAUCAUCACCAGUUUUACAUGUAUCAACUCCUGCGUGGACUAAAAUACAUUCAUUCAGCCAAUGUGUUACAUAGAGAUUUAACACCGGGCAAUAUCCUCUUGAAUGCGAACAGUGAAUUAAAGAUCUGUGAUUUCGGGCUUGCUCGUGUUGCUUCAGACGCAAUGACUCAGUAUGUUGGCACAAAAUGGUACCGCGCACCAGAGCUUCUCUUGAGCUCUUCUGCUUAUACCUCAGCUAUAGAUGUUUGGUCUGUUGGCUGUAUUUUCUUGGAGAUGAUGACUCGCACACCGCUCUUCCCUGGAAGAGAUCGUUCCGAUCAGCUUCGUUCGAUUCUAGAGUUCUUAGGCUCUCCAACCGAGGAUGACACUGGAUCGUUGAAUGAAAGUGGUAAGCAAUGCUUAAAGAUGCUUCCUUGGUUUGAUCGCCAGUCUUUCUUUGUAAAGUUCCCAGACGUUCCUUUCUUAGCUGUUCUGUUGUUGGAGAAGAUGCUCAAGUUUGACCCUAGAAAGAGAAUCUCAGUUGAGGAUGCACUUGCUGAUCCAUAUUUCAAAACGAUGCACAACAUUAACAAUGAACCAGUGUGCACGAAGCUCUUUGACUUUGAUUUAGAGGAACAUCCACUCACAGUGGAGCAGAUUAAGGAGCUGAUCUACCAUGAAGCCCUAGCUUUCAACCCUGAACCAGCAACAGUUGAAAAAGACCAAUGACUUGGCUUGAAAGCAACUCAUAAAACAGUCAUCAUUGUGUCUUCUCAACUCUAUCAUUUGUCCUUUUUUCAGUUUUCUUUCUGAGGUUUAGAGCCAAGACAGAGAAUCUCUCAGAAGAUUUUUUCAUGUAUUAAGAUUUUCUGCUAUAUUCCUCCAAUAAGAGCUCUUUUUAAUAUUGUCAAAA